AUGCGCCUCCGAGCCCUACCGCGCCAUAGGCUUCUCCAAGAGACGCCGGUCCACGAAAGCCGCGCCGACAAGCCGGCUUUCGGCAAGGCGUCGCUCGCUAUCGAGCUGCCGGAGAGCGUCGCGCCGCAGGGCGUCCGCGUCUUCGAGUCACUCGACAAGCCGUUUGUCUCGAUCUGCGUCAUCACGUGCGCCAAGACGUUCCGCCGCUCCUGCUACAAGAUCGAGCCGAUGCUCUUCUCGACCGAAGGCCGGGACGAGGGCUCGCUGCCGCUCCAGACGUCGAUCAGCGCCGUGUGCUGGCUCGACGAGUGCAACGUGGUCGUGGGCGGCGACGACGGCGCCAUGAUUGCGAUCACCGUCGGUCUCUCGAUCCUUGGCCACUUGCACGCGUCGAUCCACGAAGUUGCGCUCACAGAUCACGUCCGCUCGCAGCGGCUCUGGGGCGGCUUCGGCGGCACCCACGCCGUCUUGAUUAUCGUCCCCGUGCCCAACACCAACCACGACCGCGAAAGCACCGACACGCUCAUCGAAUCGCUUUCAGUCGACUAUGUCCUGCUUGUUUGGUCGUACGAACAGCUCAGGGGCCUCUGCAACCAAGCGAUUAAGUCGGUGGUCCGACUCCACGCUGACGCGGCGCCGGCGACCGCCGCGUCGAUACCGAUGGUUAACCACCGCGUGCUUCUUCACGUGACGAAGGCGACGACGACGACGCUGGACCUUGUGCUGCUUCGUGGCGAGCUCUCGCCGGCGUCGAUCGACCUCCACGUCGCUCACCGCUUUGUGCUGGAGCAGCUGCCACUGCACGUCCGACUGGUCGGCUUUAGCGUGGAUGACGCGCGGCUUUUCCUGACGACUGAGCGACAUCCCGCCGUGGACCCGUGUUCGGGCUUCACGACAGCCGCGCCGUCGACCGACUCUGUGGUCCAGCACUCACUGGCACUCACGGGCCCCAACCAAAUGACAGGUACCGUCCUGUGUGGCAUGCAUGCGUGGGCGGCCAAGAACGCCGCCGACGACGCCUUGUCGAAAGACAGCACGGAUUCGUCGCAGAUUGACGACACCAAGGGUUCGAAGCCGUAUACGCUUCGAUCAUCGACCGUGUGGCGCCACGUCCUCGCCGUCGCCGCGAAGUGGCAAUCAGACGUGCUCGAACUUGACGUCAUGACGUCCGUGACGCUUCUGGACGUUGUCCAAGCCGGGCUUUCCGGUGACGCUAGCGCCGGUCGCAUGUCCCGACCGUCCUUGCACUGAUCGCCAGCGAGCUGUCUGGUUACGCGGCCACGCAAAUGUCGAUUCUCGAUGCCCUCGUCGCUCAUGUUGUGCUGCCGUAUACCUCAAACGAUGCGAGUAUGAGCGACCAGGACGUGGCCAGCGACCGACCUCGCC